CCAGGGCCGCCCCGACCCCCUGGCACCGGGGACAGCCCGGGUCGCGCCCUCCUUUGCAUCCAGGAAAUGAAUGGUGUGCUGAAAGGCAUGCUCACGGAGUGGUUUUCUUCGGGAUUCCUAAACCUCGAACGGGUGACCUGGCAUUCGCCAUGUGAAGUGCUUCAGAAAAUCAGUGAGUCUGAGGCUGUGCACCCUGUAAAGAAUUGGAUGGAUAUAAAACAACGUGUCGGACCAUACAGAAGAUGUUACUUCUUUUCUCACUGUUCCACCCCCGAGGAGCCCCUGGUGGUCUUGCAUGUGGCGCUAACCAGUGACAUCUCCAGCAACAUUCAGUCUAUCGUGAAGGAGUGUCCUCCGGCAGAAACAGAGGAGAAGAACAAAAUCGCCGCCGCCAUAUUUUAUUCCAUCAGUCUGACCCAGCAAGGCCUGCAGGGGGUGGAGCUGGGGACCUUCCUCAUAAAGCGCGUGGUGAAGGAGCUGCAGCAGGGUGACACUGGCAGGCCGGGCCCUAACUUCCAUGAUGCAAGGAAAGUUUACACAUCCAAAGCACUGGGAAGUUGCAAACCAGAGCCCUGGGAUGGGGAAGUGAAGCCAGCGACAUGGCUGCUGGGGAAAGAUGCAGACUGUGCAAGAGGUCAGCUGCCAGCGCCAAGCCCCCCGCCAGCUGCAGCCAUGAGCAACUGGAGGAAGGACCACCUGGGUGCCAGCAGCUCAGAGCCCCUCAAGGUCAUCAUUAUUGGCAAUGGUCCCUCUGGCAUCUGCCUGUCCUACCUGCUCUCCGGCUACACCCCCUACGUGAAGCCCGAUGCCGUCCACCCACAUCCCCUGCUGCAGAGGAAGCUCUCCGAGGCUCCGGGGGUCUCUAUCCUGGACCAGGACCUGGAUUACCUGUCUGAGGGCCUCGAAGGCCGGUGCCAGAGCCCUGUGGCCCUGCUCUUUGACGCCCUCCUGCGUCCAGACACAGACUUUGGGGGGAACACGGAGUCCGUCCUCACCUGGAAGCUCCAGAAGGAGCGAGCCAUCCCCCACGUGGUCCUGGGCCGGAACCUGCCUGGGGGAGCCUGGCAUUCCAUUGAAGGCUCCAUGGUGACCCUGAGCCAAGGCCAGUGGAUGGGGCUCCCGGACCUGGAAGUCAAGGACUGGAUGCGCAGGAAGCGCAGAGGUCUCCGUAACAGCCGCGCCACGGCCGGGGACAUCGCUCACUACUACAGGGACUACGUGAACAAGAAGGCUCUGGGCCAAAGCUUUGUGUCCGGCGCCGUGGUCACGGCCGUGGAGUGGGGGAUCCCCGAGCCCAGUGGUUCCGGGGCCCAAGCCCCCAGCCCCCUCUUCCAGGUGAGCGGCUUCCUGACCACCGAGGACCAGAGCCAGCAGCCCUUCUCCCUGUGCGCCCACAACGUGGUCCUGGCCACGGGCACGUCCGACAGUCCGGCCCGGCUGGGCAUCCCCGGGGAGACCCUGCCCUUCGUCCACCAUGAGCUGUCGGCCCUGGAGGUGGCCAUCAGGGCGGGCACAGUGACCCCAGAUUCGGACCCGGUCCUCAUCAUCGGCGCUGGGCUGUCGGCGGCCGACGCGGUGCUCUACGCGCGCCACUACAACAUCCCCGUGAUCCACGCCUUCCGCCGGCCUGUGGAUGACCCGGGCCUGGUCUUCAACCAGCUGCCCAAGAUGCUGUACCCAGAGUACCACAAGGUGCACCAGAUGAUGCGCGAGCAGUCCAUCCUGUCGCCCAGCCCCUACGAGGGCUACCGCAGCCUCCCCGAGCACCAGCUGCUGCUCCUCAAGGAGGACCGCCAGGCGCUGUUCCAGGACCCCCAGGGCCUCCACAAGGUCUUCGGCCUCUCCCUGGUGCUGGUCCUCAUCGGCUCCCACCCCGACCUCUCCUUCCUCCCGGGGGCAGGCGCCCACCUCGCCGUGGACCCUGACCAGCCUCUGAGCGCCAAGCGGAACCCCAUCGACGUGGAGCCCUUCACCUACCAGAGCACACAGCAGGAGGGCCUGUACGCUGUGGGGCCGCUGGCCGGGGACAACUUUGUGCGGUUUGUGCAGGGCGGGGCCCUGGCCGUGGCCAGCUCCCUGCUGAGAAAGGAGGCCAGGAAACCACCUUAGCCCUCAGCCGCGCAUCCUCACACCCAGGCCCUAAAGAGGAGGGGAGAUCACCACAGCCCUGCCGGACACAGACGCCCCGUGAGGGAAGGGGCCUCUCCCAGCAGGAGACAGGAGUAGCCAUGAGCUCAUGCAACAGGCUCCUCAGAUGAAGAGUGGGGAACCCAGGCUACAGACUCAGACCAGAGCUCAGGGCCGGAAGUACGGCCCAGAUCUGCAACUUGGGGUGGAAGGUGCCAGUGUGAGCGGGGACCAUCGGGGUCUGACUCCGGACUCCCUCCUUCCAAAAUCAGGUCCCAAAUAAAACCAGCACCUGCCUC